AGUCAUCCGUUGUUUCCUCGAAAGUCAUUUGCUUUUGAGACUAGGAUACUAUUAGCGACUGCUAAUGAGAUCUGUCUCUGAGAAGAAGGCAAUGGCUUGAAGGUUUUAUGAACUCAGCAACAUUCUGAGACAGGAGAUUCAUUUACGCAUAUUAUCCGUUCUACAAAGAAUGGCUGAUAGCAUAUCAAGCUUUUGGGGUCCUGUCACGUCAACCAUUGAAUGUUGCGAAAAGAAUUAUGUUUACUCCUCUUAUAUUGCAGAAUUCUACAACACCAUAUCAAAUAUCCCAACCACUCUUUUGGUCCUCGUUGGUCUUAUAAAUGCCUUAAGACAGCGGUUUGAGAAAAGAUUUAGUGUUCUUCACAUAUCUAAUAUGAUUCUUGCUAUUGGAAGUAUGCUGUACCAUGCCACCUUGCAACAUGUGCAACAGCAGAGUGAUGAAACUCCUAUGGUAUGGGAGAUGCUCCUAUAUAUGUACAUCCUAUACUCACCUGAUUGGCACUAUCGGAGUACAAUGCCUACUUUCCUCUUUUUCUAUGGUGCUGUUUUUGCCUUUGUUCAUGCAGUUGUCCGUUUUGGCAUUGGCUUCAAGGUGCACUAUGUGAUUCUGUGCCUCCUUUGCAUCCCCCGAAUGUACAAGUAUUACAUCUACACACAGGACACCUCUGCUAAGCGAAUUGCAAAGUUAUACGUGGCCACCUUGUUCCUAGGUAGUUUGUGUUGGCUUUGCGAUCAUGUUUUCUGCAAGCAGAUUUCAGGUUGGCUGAUUAACCCUCAAGGUCAUGCCUUGUGGCAUGUCUUCAUGGGUUUCAAUUCCUACUUUGCAAACACAUUUUUGAUGUUUUGUCGAGCUCAGCAACGGGGAUGGGCCCCAAAAAUUGUCCAUUUUACGGGCAUUCUCCCCUAUGUGAAGAUUGAGAAACCAAAAACCCAAUGAUGAAAGGAGGAAACCAUGAAGUAUGGGUUUUCCUUCUCAUAAUUGGAGGUAGGUGAGGAAAGUAAUCAAAAGGUCAGUCUAAAUUUUCUCUUUUUCUGGAGGAAUCUAAAGAAGGAUUGAUUAUUGAAGCUGUUAGCUGGGUCUUGUUUGAAAUUUACUUUGUAAUGGUAGAACAUGUACCAUAUUUAACUACUUUUUGUCUGAUGAGUCAGAUUACAUGGUUUGUUGAUUGAUUUUCAGUUUUCAUUUUCCUCAUGAGUGCAGAAGGCACGAUUAGUUUAGAACUUGACACUAGGGUUAAUUAUGAAUUGGAAAAUGAUUGGUACACCCUCGGUUCAACACAUUUUUUGACAACACUCUUAGUUUAGUCAUUAAAAAUAUAAUAUAAAUACAGUCAAUUCAACUAGUUCUUAUAUCCUGUGUGCAUAAUUAUAUUAUUAAACUUGUUUGUCUUUAAUUUUAGAUAAAAAAAUAGUGAAUUUUUAAUGAAUGUGUCACGUAAUGUGUUGAACCAGAGUGUGCAUCAAUCAUUGUCCGAAUUGAAUUUUGAUCAAGUUAGUUCCACAUUUUGUGGUUAGAUCUUGAUUACUUCUCUUUACAUUCUAGCUAGUGAAAGAGUGAUUGCUCAUGGUUGUCAUAUGUUUGUUUCAAGGUUAAAUCCUCAUUUUGGUCCCUGAACUAUUGUACGAACCCCCGAUUUGGUCCCUAAACUAAAGAAAUCCUUGAUUUGAUCCUUAAAUUAUUGUACGGACCCCCGAUUUGGUCCCCACUGUUUAUAAUUUGGCCUAAGUUGGUCCUUGAACUAUUGUACGGACCCCCAAUUUGGUCCUUACUGUUUACAAUUUCACCCCAAUUUGGUCCUUACUGUUUACAAUUUCACCCCAAUUUGGUCCUUACUGUUUACAAUUUCACCCCAAUUUGGUCCCUGAGCUAUUAUUUAAC